AUGUCUAGGCACUGCACCUGGCUAUUAGUGCUUGAUAUUUGUAAACAUGACAUCAGUCUGUCCUUUUCAUUCCUUGUAGAGCAUGAGGAGGACAGACUGAUGUUAAGUUUACAAAUAACAGAGACGAAUAGCCAAGAGCUGUGCCGACAUUACUCGUCUCCAUCAAACGACUUAGGGUCUCAGAACCGUCAACGAAGACGAGAUGACGGCGUCUACGUAGCGACACAUGCAUUUACUACAGCAGCUUGUCCACCGCAAGCGCGGCGCGUCAUCUUGAUCUCAUACAGAAAUAAUCUCGUCCUUGUUGACGACCAUGGUGGACAAACAGCCUUACGAACCCCCGACCUCAAAGCUACUAGGCCACUCGAGCCUGAGGAAAACGACUCGAAGCUAAUCGCUUUACAGAACAAUAGUACCUUAGUAAUGAACGGAGCAGCAUCUACUGUGAUAACGACUCUACGGAAUAAAUAUGAAAGAAUAGUAAUCAACAAUGAAAAAGAGAAUAACUUAAGUGUGUCCACUCGCCUAAGCCAUGGCGUGGCUCGCAGAAGCAGCUCUCGGUGUCAUAUAGUUUCAACCCGCCGUCGCAUCAUGGGCUCGCCUCCUCCGCCGCCGCCCAACGGCGCCAUAGCCUUCACUCUAGUCUACUUCACCUUCUUUUUGGACAACGUUCUACUCACUGUGCUAGUGCCGAUCAUUCCGGACUGGGUCCGCGGCGAGUCGCUCGCGCUGUGGUCGCAGCACGACACGCCACUCGUGGCCCUCCUCAAUGAGACGGUGCGCCGAGCUACAGACGACUCGCCUGGUUCUGGUGGCAUGCAGGCGGUGGUAGGCCUGGUGCUGGGCGCGAAGGCGGGCGCGCAGCUGGUGGCGGCGCCGCUGUGCAGCGCCUGCGUGUGUCGCCGCGGACCCGCGCCCGUGCUGCGCGCCGCCACCGCGCUGCUAGCCGUCGCCGCCGCCAGUACGUAUACUGACUACAUGCCGCCGCCAGUACGUAUACUGACUACAUGCAGCGCCUGCGUGUGUCGCCGCGGACCCGCGCCCGUGCUGCGCGCCGCCACCGCGCUGCUAGCCGUCGCCGCCGCCAGUACGUAUACUGACUACAUGCCGCCGCCAGUACGUAUACUGACUACAUGCAGCGCCUGCGUGUGUCGCCGCGGACCCGCGCCCGUGCUGCGCGCCGCCACCGCGCUGCUAGCCGUCGCCGCCGCCAGUACGUAUACUGACUACAUGCCGCCGCCAGUACGUAUACUGACUACAUGCAGCGCCUGCGUGUGUCGCCGCGGACCCGCGCCCGUGCUGCGCGCCGCCACCGCGCUGCUAGCCGUCGCCGCCGCCAGUACGUAUACUGACUACAUGCCGCCGCCAGUACGUAUACUGACUACAUGCAGCGCCUGCGUGUGUCGCCGCGGACCCGCGCCCGUGCUGCGCGCCGCCACCGCGCUGCUAGCCGUCGCCGCCGCCAGUACGUAUACUGACUACAUGCCGCCGCCAGUACGUAUACUGACUACAUGCAGCGCCUGCGUGUGUCGCCGCGGACCCGCGCCCGUGCUGCGCGCCGCCACCGCGCUGCUAGCCGUCGCCGCCGCCAGUACGUAUACUGACUACAUGCCGCCGCCAGUACGUAUACUGACUACAUGCAGCGCCUGCGUGUGUCGCCGCGGACCCGCGCCCGUGCUGCGCGCCGCCACCGCGCUGCUAGCCGUCGCCGCCGCCAGUACGUAUACUGACUACAUGCCGCCGCCAGUACGUAUACUGACUACAUGCAGCGCCUGCGUGUGUCGCCGCGGACCCGCGCCCGUGCUGCGCGCCGCCACCGCGCUGCUAGCCGUCGCCGCCGCCAGUACGUAUACUGACUACAUGCCGCCGCCAGUACGUAUACUGACUACAUGCAGCGCCUGCGUGUGUCGCCGCGGACCCGCGCCCGUGCUGCGCGCCGCCACCGCGCUGCUAGCCGUCGCCGCCGCCAGUACGUAUACUGACUACAUGCCGCCGCCAGUACGUAUACUGACUACAUGCAGCGCCUGCGUGUGUCGCCGCGGACCCGCGCCCGUGCUGCGCGCCGCCACCGCGCUGCUAGCCGUCGCCGCCGCCAGUACGUAUACUGACUACAUGCCGCCGCCAGUACGUAUACUGACUACAUGCAGCGCCUGCGUGUGUCGCCGCGGACCCGCGCCCGUGCUGCGCGCCGCCACCGCGCUGCUAGCCGUCGCCGCCGCCAGUACGUAUACUGACUACAUGCCGCCGCCAGUACGUAUACUGACUACAUGCAGCGCCUGCGUGUGUCGCCGCGGACCCGCGCCCGUGCUGCGCGCCGCCACCGCGCUGCUAGCCGUCGCCGCCGCCAGUACGUAUACUGACUACAUGCCGCCGCCAGUACGUAUACUGACUACAUACCGCCGCCACGCCUGCGUGUGUCGCCGCGGACCCGCGCCCGUGCUGCGCGCCGCCACCGCGCUGCUAGCCGUCGCCGCCGCCAGUACGUAUACUGACUACAUGCCGCCGCCAGUACGUAUACUGACUACAUGCAGCGCCUGCGUGUGUCGCCGCGGACCCGCGCCCGUGCUGCGCGCCGCCACCGCGCUGCUAGCCGUCGCCGCCGCCAUACGUAUACUGACUACAUGCAGCGCCUGCGUAUGUCGCCGCGGACCCGCGCCCGUGCUGCGCGCCGCCACCGCGCUGUUGGCCGUCGCCGCCGCCAGUACGUAUACUGACUACAUGCCGCCGCCAGUACGUAUACUGACUACAUACCGCCGCCACGCCUGCGUAUGUCGCCGCGGACCCGCGCCCGUGCUGCGCGCCGCCACCGCGCUGUUGGCCGUCGCCGCCGCCAGUACGUAUACUGACUACAUGCCGCCGCCAGUACGUAUACUGACUACAUGCCGCCGCCAUACGUAUACUGACUACAUGCCGCCGCCAGUACGUAUACUGACUACAUGCCACUGCCAGUACAGACUAGAUAAAAUAGAAAGUAGCCAGAGGGACUGUUUCCACCAUCCUCGAAAAUAA